CAUCAACCCGCACCAUCAACCCACCCCAGAGAAAUGCGUCCAACAGCCAACGGCGAGCACCACCACGGGCAUGGCCUCACCGCACCACCUCCCCAACGCCACCACGCUUAUUACCCUCGUUCUUCCUCUUCUUCGGCUUCUUUCAAAGGCUGUUGUUGCUGCCUCUUCCUCCUCUUUUCCUUCUUAGCUCUCCUCAUUCUCGCUGUUGUCCUCAUAAUCGUCCUCGCCCUUAAACCCAAGAAACCCCAGUUCGAUCUGCAACAAGUAGGGGUCCAAUACAUGGGCAUCACCACAUCUAAUCCUUGGUCCUUCGAUGGCACAGCCUCCGCCGUCCCUACCACCCCAACAACCGCUUCUUUGUCUUUAACCAUCCACAUGCUUUUCACAGCAGUGAAUCCCAAUAAGGUAGGGAUCAAGUACGGCGAGUCUAGGUUCACCAUUAUGUACCGUGGGAUUCCUUUGGGAAAAGCUUCGGUUCCUGGAUUUUACCAAGAAGCUCACAGCACCAGAAACGUGGAGGCAACCAUAUCCGUUGCACGAGCUAACUUGAUGCAAGCUGAUGCAGCUGAUUUAAUAAGAGAAGCUUCUCUUAAUGACCGUGUUGAGCUUAGAGUUUUGGGUGAUGUUAGCGCUAAGAUCCGUCUCUUGGACUUCGAUUCUCCUGGCGUUCAGGUAUCGGUGGAUUGUGGGAUAGUGAUUAGUCCAAGGAAGCAGUCUCUUACUGACAAGCAGUGUGGAUUAGAUGGAUUGAGUGUUUGAGCAAAACGUUCUAACUCAUAUUGCCAAAGGUUUAAUUGAGCGUGACCAAAACAAGCGGUUGAGAUUGCAAAGAAAGAGGAUUUUAAAACUGAUUGGCGAGAAAAGUGGAACGAG